UCUACCCUCCAUAACUGUGAUGAUAAACAUUGAAACACAGCCAAAAACAAACUUCAAUACUACGUUUAAUAGGUUCUGUCCUGACUGAAGAAUUAUUCCUAAAAGAGAACUUGGAAACUUUGAUUUAAAUUAUGAUAUUGCUGAGUCUACUGCUAACUUCUUUUGUUUUAACGUGUGCAGAAGUUGAUUCACAAGACUACUGCUAUGCAAAAGGCCAAUCGUGUAGCACAGAAACACCAAGAGAUGAAAAGUUCGUUUUGUACGAUGUAAAUCCUCCUGAAGGUUUUAAUUUAAGGCGCGACGUCUACAUGAGGUUUGCAAUUAUGAUGUCAGAGGCUAAAAAACACGAGAGGCGACAAAACUGGAAUUUAGUUUUACCGCCAUGGUUCAACUUAUAUCACUGGAAGACUGCUGACUCAAAUAAACCGGUCCCAUGGAGUAUGUUCUUUGACGUUGAAUCGCUUAAAGCAUUCGCUCCAGUGGUAGAACUGUUCGAACUCUUUUCAAAAACCAAGAGAAAGUAUUUAGAAAUCGAUAGAUUGUAUGUGUUACAAAAUUUCCCGGACGCUUUCGAAAAUGGUGUUUUCGACGAUAAAUGGGAGAUAGAUCGAAAUUGUGACUACAGUGGAAGUUUCUGGGGCUACAAAAACAUAACAGUCAAAGAAACAAUAUGUGUAAAAUAUCAGGGACAGAUAUCAAAGCUGUGGGAAUUAAUCUCAUUGCAUAGCGCAGAUAAGUAUGUUAUGUUUGCCCAUGGAGAGAUACCAUUACACGAUUAUUAUGGUUCCAAGACCUUCUGGGAUUGCAGGAAGAGCAUGAAAUUCAAUAAAAAUCUUAUAAAUAAAGCCAAAAAAUUCAUUUACGAGAAACUGGAUUGCAAUGAAAACCAAUGUAACACAUACAUUAGUGUUCAUUGGAGGAGGCAGGAUUUUGCUAGAGCCCGUAUAAGCGAAGUGCCAUCACUACUGGGAACUGCCAUACAGAUUGAUAAAGCAAUCAAAAAGUAUCACUCCACCAUUGAUUAUAUUUUUAUUGCAUCUGAUGCGCAGAAUUCAGAAUUAAUACAGCUAGAGCAUCAACUCAAACAUUUGGGAUAUAAGGUUCAUUUUUAUAUCCCAAGUAAAUUGGAUCUAGAACAAUUCAGUGAUGGUGGUAUAGCGAUUAUAGAUCAAAUAAUUUGUUCACAUGCAGCAUACUUUAUCGGCACUCAUGAAAGUACGUUUACAUUUAGGAUACAAGAAGAGAGGGAGAUUUUAGGUUUUAAGAGUAGUACUACUUUCAAUAGGCUCUGUCCUGACACAGGGAAGUGUUCAGAACCAUCAAAAUGGACUAUUGUCGAUUAAGUAUUAAAUCUAAAUAGGUUAAAUUUUGGAUUUUAAUAAUUAUUAUUUUUGUGUUCAUGGGCUGAUAGUUUAACAUGAAGCAUUUGAGUAAUAAUGGUUGAUGUACUUCACAAUAACUAAUAAUUUUUAGUCUUUAUGAUCUUUGAUCUGUAGUUAAACUUUGCUAACUUCUAGACUGACAAUGCCAUGCAUUUUGAAAACUUCUUUACAGUUAAAUAUUGUACAAUAUCUAACUAUCCUUUAAAAAUGAGGACUGUAUAAACUAUGAUGUUUAGCUGCACUUGCUUACUACUAAUUUUGUAAUUUUGAUAAACUGUUUUGACCUACAGUUGGACUAAAUAUCAAUUUUAUAAAUUUAGGUGCUGUAAGACUUGAUGAAAAAGGCAUAAACUAAUUUUAGACAUUAUUUGUAUGAGAAUUGUAGCUUUGUGGUAAAGAACUUUAGCAGCGAUUGCCAGUCUUAGUUUCAAAUCCUGUCAGUUCUGAAAUUUUAAUAUUAUGCAUUUUAAAAUUUAUGAAAUUGCUAACUUCUAGGCUAACAAUGCAGUUGAAUUGUAGCUUUUAAAAUUUAAUCUAUGUGUAAUGUUUACAGAAUUUAGAAGCAAGAAGUACCGUUGCUUUUAUUUUUAACUGUUUUUACUGUUACGUGUGAAUGAGAUACUGUAUCUCAUAAUUUUAAGUAAGUUACGUAAUAAUAAAAACCAAAGAA